AUGCGCAGGGCAGCUUCUCAUAAAGGCCACCAGGGCAUCGUACAGAUGCUGCUAAACAGAGGAGCUGAUGUCAAUACGCAGGGGGGAUAUUACGGUACUGCUCUUCAGGCAGCUUCUCAUAAAGGCCACCAGGGCAUCGUACAGAUGCUGCUAAACAGAGGAGCUGAUGUCAAUACGCAGGGGGAACAUUACAGAAAUGCCCUCUAUGCAGCCUCUUAUGGAGGCUACCAGGAGAUUGUACAGAUGCUGCUAAAUAGAGGAGCUGAUGUCAAUACGCAGGGGGGAUAUUACGGCAAUGCUCUCCAGGCAGCUUCUCAUAAAGGGGACCAGGGCAUCGUACAGAUGCUACUAGACAGAGGAGCUGAUGCCAAUACGCAGGGGGGAUAUUACGGUACUGCUCUCCAGGCAGCUUCUCAUAAAGGCCACCAGGGCAUCGUACAGAUGCUGCUAAACAGAGGAGCUGAUGUCAAUACGCAGGGGGGAUAUUACGGCAAUGCUCUCCAGGCAGCUUCUCAUAAAGGGGACCAGGGCAUCGUACAGAUGCUACUAGACAGAGGAGCUGAUGCCAAUACGCAGGGGGGAUAUUACGGUACUGCUCUCCAGGCAGCUUCUUAUGCAGGCUAUCAGGAGAUUGUACAGAUGCUACUAGACAGAGGAGCUGAUGUCAAUACGCAGGGGGGAAAUUACGGCAAUGCUCUCCAGGCAGCUUCUUAUGCAGGCUAUCAGGAGAUUGUACAGAUGCUACUAGACAGAGGAGCUGAUGUCAUUGCGCAGGGGGGAUUUGACGGUAAUGCCCUCCAAGUAGCUUCUUUUAAAGGGGACCAGGAGAUUGUACAGAUUCUGCUAGACAGAGGAGCUGAUGUCAAUACGCAGGGGGGAUAUUACGGCAAUGCUCUCCAGGCAGCUUCUUAUGCAGGCUAUCAGGAGAUUGUACAGAUGCUGCUAGACAGAGAAGCUGAUGUCAAUACGCAGGGGGGAUAUUACGGCAAUGCUCUCCAGGCAGCUUGUGCUGUAGGCCACCAGGAGAUUGUACAGAUGCUGCUAGACAGAGAAGCUGAUGUCAAUACGCAGGGGGGAAAUUACGGCAAUGCUCUCCAGGCAGCUUGUGCUGUAGGCCACCAGGAGAUUGUACAGAUGCUGCUAGACAGAGAAGCUGAUGUCAAUACGCAGGGGGGAAAUUACGGCAAUGCUCUCCAGGCAGCUUCUUAUGCAGGCUAUCAGGAGAUUGUACAGAUGCUGCUAGACAGAGAAGCUGAUGUCAAUACGCAGGGGGGAAAUUACGGCAAUGCUCUCCAGGCAGCUUCUUAUAAAGGCCACCAGGGCAUCGUACAGAUGCUACUAGACAGAGGAGCUGAUGUUAAUAAACAGGGGGGAUCUGACGAUAAUGCUCUCCAGGCAGCUUAUGAUGCAGACUACCAGAACUUUAUAUAG